AGGUGAUGCAGUGAACAUUCCACACAAAGAGGUCUUCCAUCAGGUCAGUGGGACCCCCACCACUGCCAUCACCACCAUCGCCACCAUCACCACCACCUCCACUACUGCCAUCUCCAUCUCUACCCAAGUUGCAGGAAAAGAGGCUGGGGAAAAGUGGUAAAGAGAAGGCAAAAGAAGGUAACAAUCCCAAGGAAACAUGGAAAUUAAUAGUGCUUUAAGAGUGUUUUGGAAAUCAAGGGAAUGGAAUAUGAGAAAAACAGCCAUUCAUUCAGACAUAGACGUUCCACUUUCAUGGAAAAGAAAGUCUUUUAGAAAGAAGACGAGACUAUCCGGAGAUUCUGAAGACCAGGAUGAGCAGGUCUGUUUUGAAGCAAUCACAUUUCCCUGUUCCAUAUGCAAGCAUGAAAUUGAGCCAUCUGGAACUUUCUUCCAUAAAAAGCAACACAUAGCUCUGGCCACUUUGGGUUUUCACUGGAUGGGUAGAAAGAAACCAGGGCCUUCAGUAAUUGCUAUUCAGAGACAGUUUGUAAUUACUAAAGUAUUGUCAUUUUCCUUAUUCAGUGAAAGAGUCCUACAGAGCAUUAAUAAUGCUUUUGAGCUACUUUGGAACAAAGAAAUACCACAAUACUAUAAGAUUGUUGAUAACAUUCAUAUGAGUUCCACAUAUUCUCAAAAAGUCUGCCAUCUGUUAAUUAAAGGAGUAGCCAUUUGUGAAGACAGGAAUUCUACAUGGAAAGCUAACAUGAACGAUAAAUUCACUGUAGUGAAUCGUUUUGGCAAUAAACCCAAUGUGUGUUUUUUUGGUUUGUUUGAUGGGCAUCAUGGUGCUUCAGCGGCAGACUUGUCUUCAGUGGAACUCCCAGUUUUACUUCUCCAUCAACUUUCCAGACUUGAUCCUUCCUACCAAAUGACCCCUAAAGAGCAAAAAGUAAUCGAUUCCUUUCACACAGUGUUUAGGGAAGAAUACACAGCUAUAGAAGACUUUUUCUCUGCCAUAAAGAAAAGAGCAAAAGUGUUGACGUGUGAGCAUGAGAACAUACACAGAGCCUUUGCAAAAGCAUUUUGGAGAAUGGAUAGGCUUUUACGUCUCGGAAGGAAAGAAGUAUCCAGGGUUCGAUGGAGUGGCUGUUCUGCAGUUACUUGUAUAUUGGAAGGCAACACUGAAAAUCCCCUUGCCAAGAACUGGAGAAGAACCAAUGACUACGGUGGUUUGGCAGAGAAGUUCUCUUCCCCAAUAAUGCCACAAAUAAUUUCUGGAGUACUACAUAUUGCAAACACUGGCAGUGUGCAAGCGGUCUUAUGCAGAAAUGGGAAAAGCUUUUGCCUAACCAAAGAACACACUACGCGAAACAUAAGUGAAAGAAGAAGAGUACUUCAGAGGGGAGCAAUGAUUAGUUCAAGUGAACCAUACGGGCUCCUGGAAGGGCAAACAAGAGUCACACGAGGACUUGGAUUUCAUGGGAGUCUCAAACUGAAAAAAUUCAUUAUUCCAGCACCUCAAACUCUAUCUGUCCCUAUAGAUGACUUAUGUCAAUUCCUUAUCUUGGCUACUAAUGGACUCUGGGAAGUUCUGGAUAAAAAGGAAGUCACUGCACUGGCAAUUACAAUGUUUCAAGCGUAUCAAGAAACAUACUGUUCUAGCUCACAAAACACACCUUCACCAUCCCCAGGGCCUUCGUUUUGCCCAAUCAAUGAACCAAGUGUUUCUAAGUCAGAAAGUAAUAUUCACAUACUGUUUCAGUACAAACCUGAAUCUGAAGAAUGUAUGUCAAAUAUAAAUUCAAAAGAAAAUCUGACUGAUUCAAAAUAUUCUAAAUAUUGCACUUUUAACCCUAAAAAUGAACAAACAUUUCCACCAGAAAUGACUAACCAUGAUCCUUGCAGUGAGAAAGAAAGUGAUGGACCAACCAGUGUAGAUGGUGUGCCAAAAGAGUCAAGUGAAAAAGAAAAAGAGACAUGUGCCAAGAGUUUCUAUGAAAGUGCAGCUGAGUAUAUUAGCCAUGAACUUGUAAAUGCUGCUUUAGCUGCUGGCUCCAGAGACAACAUUACAGUUAUGGUAAUUCUCCUCAGUGGAAGUGAAUAUGUUUCUGACAUAAAAGAAAAAAGGAAGCUUCCUUAUUACUACUACAUCUAUAUUAUCUACAAUCAACAACUGUGGAAGAGCAAUGAUCAUCAGUUAAAAGCACCUUAAAGGAAAGGUCAAGAGCACUGUGCAGUGUCAAAUGACCACUGAAGUCAUCUAAAGCAUGGAGGUCGCUCUGCUUUCCCUCCUUCUCUCUGUGCCUCAAUGCUUUGAAACUUUUCCCAUUACAAUAUUUGCAGUAAAAUAAUUUGUGAAUCUGUAUACUUAUGUAUCAUGUACUUUAUGUUAUAUUUGUCAAUAAUCAAUGAUUUAAAACUUGAGAAACAAAAACAGUGUUCUGUUCAUGCCAAAGAAGAGAUGAAGACAGCUACUCAUCAGUGAAGAGAAAAAAAUCUCAUUAUGCCUACAUGCUGCAUUCAAAAAUACUGCUCUGAGUUUAUCAUCCUUUUAUAUAAAAAGUACAAUCUAAUAGGAAAACAUAUUUAUCCAAAUUUCUAAGUGAAAUCUUUAGAAAAUCUAUCUGCCUAAACUAUCACCUCAAAGUUCAGGCUUUCAACUCACCUAGAACAAACUUAACUAAACUGAAAGUGUUACAAACUAAUAGGUAAUAAUCUUUCAAAUUUAAUAAUAUUCCUAACAAAGUAAUGUUUGGUAGAAGGGAUCUAGAAUAGUAAUAUAAUCAUUAAAAAAGGGAGAAAACCCAAGAGUUUUUUAAAGGAAGACAGUAUGUAAAAGAAAACCAAGUAUGUCCCAGUAUAACUUGUUUUGCCUACAUUUAUUGUUUGGGAAAAAAACGUUAA